AUGCAUAGCUGCUCAUGCUCCAUGGAAGGAAGGAUUUUGGCUGGUGGGGAACUUGAUGUACUACCACUUAUAACUUAUAUCUUAAAAAAAGGGGAAGUCGCCUCAACAGACGAUAACCAUAUUAUUACUACACUUGGGAAUGCUGCAGGAUACAAAGGUAAAAAAUCACGAAGAGGAGCAGUAUUCAAUACAGGGAUUCAUGAUUCAUUGCUUAAAAUGCAUAGUUAUGGACUAGAUACAAGUAUAAAAUUUAAUAACACUACUAACAAAAAUAAAACUAUCAAUCAACCAUUUGAUUCUAACAAUCCAAAACUACAAUAUUUACAUGAAAAGGCAGAUGUACCAAGUUAUAGUAGAAAAUGCGAGCAACACAGUCUUCUUAUCAAACCAAAACUAGAGGUACCAGAAAAAAAUCAACAAGUGCCGGCAGAAAUGCCAGCAGAAAUACCAGUAGAACCAGAAGAACCAAUAAAUGAACCUUCACAAGACAGGAGAGAGAUACAUUGGUAA